CUACCCCUUCCUCCUUCUCCUGCUGUGUGUGGCGAGAAAACGAUAGAUAUAAAAGCAGUCUGCCUAAAACCGCAUGUCGACCUAGCGCAGACUAUUAAAUUUCGACAAAUUCUACCGUUCUGGAUAUGUGAUGGAUUAUAACGGUUUGUUCCCUGAAGAGCAGGUUCAAAUGCAUAAUCAAGGUAGAGAAGAGACGCGGAUAAACAAGGGGUAGAGGUAGCAGGCGAGCGGAGAGCACUUGCAGAAGACAAAGGUAACUGUGCUACGAACUAUGUGAUGAAUUAACAGCCGAGAAGAACAGCUGGGAGUUUGCAGGAAGCAUAGUUUGAAAAAAAAACUCGAGAGAUUGGCUUUUGAAAUAUGAACAGAGCGACAUGCUUUCUCUGCCUCCUCUCUCUGUGGAAUCUACAAAUGAGCUCUCCGCGAUCGGGAAGCAUAAAACCCCUAAAAUGACGAUGCCCUGAAAUAGUAAUGACAGUCAGUCGUCAGGAGAAGCUAAACCGUAACCGUUAGAGACUGAUGUGCUAUUCGUGGAUAGAGGCAGAAAACUAAGGACAAAUGAGAGAUUCGUUUAAAAACACAUUACCAGGAAAUUAUGAUGGUUUGACAGGCUAUAGCUUAGAUGUUUGAAGGGACAUGUAUUUGAUUCUUUGCGUUCAAGUCAGACGUCGAACUCAAGCCACGAACGCUGGCACUCUGAACUCUAUGACGAAACGCGCAAACCACUGUAGUGAUUGAGUGGCUUUUCCCACAUUCUUCUCAUGCUAAGUGUGUAUACUUGAAGACUUCACAUGUUGAUGGAAGAGACUGACAUAGAUCUACAUACGCUAUAGUUUCGACGAAAGCAAUCGACCGCUCGACUGUCCAUUCAUCUCAGCAACUCAGCACAGAGUGUUCUACUAAGCUUCUUUCAGCACCAGGGACAGCUACCAAAAUGACACGGCUGCGCAAGAAAGCUUUCAUUGCACUUUUCUUAUUCACCCUCUUCAUUUUCGGGACCAUGAUGGGCCUCAGAACACUGAAACCCAGCGAUGGCUUCUCAGACCUGGCCCCGGGGAUGGGAGAAUUUGUGGGGGAAAGAGGAGGCGACCGGCGACGGCCAGUUUCAAACGACAUGGUAGUUUCCCCUGGUCAGUCCCAUCUAGCCAGCGACACCAAAGUCGUCUUCACAAAAUCCGACCGUGACUACAGUAUAUUCUACGACGUACAAAUCUUCUAUUACCUAUGGUACGGCACCCCACAGAUGGACGGUAAAUAUAUUCACUGGGACCAUGUUCUAGUACCGCACUGGGACCCUAAGAUCGCCGCCAGCCACGCCAAAGGAAGACACACUCCUCCCGAGGACAUAGCGUCGAGUUUCUACCCGGAGCUAGGACCAUACAGUUCCAGAGACCCCACCGUGCUGGAGUCACACAUGUCGCAGAUUGAAGCGGCUGCAGCAGGUAAGGGAUUUCGGCACCACUUACCCCUCAAAACUGAAAUAUUAUCAUCAAAUGGUGUCCUGGACAUGAUACUGUACCUCUCAAAUAUUAAAGUAUUGAAGUAGCUUCACUUAAACUCCCCAAUUCAAUCUGCACCAAUGUUGUGCACCUCAUACUUUUGAGCUUUCAUAGGAAGGGGGAUGUGUUAUAGACCUACCCUCAUGUCAAUAGUCAUACCAAAGACUGUACUCACUAACUGUUUCCUCCCCAGGGGUUCUGGUUCUGUCAUGGUACCCACCUGGCAUUGCAGACAACCAUGGUGAGCCAUGUGAAGACCUGGUGCCUGCUGUCAUGGACGCUGCCUACAGACACAGCAUCAAGGUAACUGGUGAGAGAACCGGUAUGUUUUUACACUUUCUGGUGGUUUACUGAAUUAAUAAAUGUCUGGCUACGGGGUUGGGGUCGAUUCCAUUCCAAUUCAGUCAAUUGGAAUUUCAGUUUUCUUCCAGAAUGGACUGAAUUCAAAAGGAAUUGGCCUCAACCCUGGCUGGCUAGGUGGCAGUGAUGAUUGGUUGGUAGGUGCUUAAGGAUUUAUGUUAUUCACUCAGAUUAUAAACUUGAGAUUCAGAAAACAGACCUACGUCUUGUGUAACAGCAUGUCACAAGAGACUAUGUUAACUCUGACCUUUGUUGUAGUAGUCUAAGUGAGUAUCAGUCAUGGCCUUUGAAAUAUUCAUGUUAGAAAAACAGCCAAUGUGUAUGUCAUAACUUCACUGUGUUCCCUCAAAGACAAACGCAAUGCAUUUCGUUUUUAGAGGGUGAAGUGUGUGAUAUUGGUUUUGGAAUGUAUUUUCUAUGCCUAAAACCAUCUGUUCUAGCCCAUUUUCUUCCUCCAUCUCCUAUAUUAUUGAUGUAGUCAGAGAAAACAAAUUUCUUCAAAAACCUCUGAAGGUCCUCUGAAGGCAGACUUAUUUUUCUUCAGGAUUUUAAAACCAAAGGAAGACCGUUUCGAAUUGACUUGGAGGAGUGACUCAGGGAAUAUGGUUCAAGGCAGCAUUGGCCUCAGAGGCAUAACUGGGACUGACCAUGCAGCCUGAGGCCUGUGUGCAUGGCACGAGAGGGUCUCUCUCUCUCUCUCUCUCUCACACACGCACGCAUGCACUCACACACACACACACACACACACACACACACACACACACACACACACACACACACACAGCAUAAACCCAUAGCAUGCUGAAGGUGCCUUUGACAGAACAGUGCGAAGCAAGCUACAGCAAGCUUAGUGCAGAGUUAGUUAAAUAAAGCCCAAGGUUCUUCCUUCCAUCCGCUUUCAUAUUUACAAUAUGGCAGGCUUACAUUAGCAGAAGACAGUGCAGACCUUUAUUUCCAACAGUGUGUGUAGUGUGGAAUUGAAUGAAUAAUGAGAAGUACUGUAGGUCUGUUUGGGACUUACACAACAGUAACAGUUUGUAUCUCUGUAUGACUAACCUGAGGGCUAACACUGCAAUGUUCUGUUCCAACCAGUGUUCUAGAAUCACUGCCACACAGGAAAUAUAGGUUGAGGUAGAGGGACAGAGAGAUUUCUUUCCUUGCAUAAUUCCUCAGUGUAUCAGUGCCGACCUAUGUAUUUUCUACUCAUAUAGCCUUUAAUAUGCGCGCUCACUGUUCCAUUCACUGACUUUGUUUACUUGAUCAACACAUUAAAUCAUGAAUAAGAAUUUACAGAGCCUAAUGUGUAAACAUUAAACUGCCUCAGGCUUAGUUGAUUAUUACUUCUCACAAUAAAAACACAAUGAUAAAACAAACAUCUGUGUUAAAUAUUUAGAUGUUUCUAUCACGAUCAACGUCCCAAGUUUACAGUCAGCGUAGCUACACCUAAGGGCAGAAUGCAAAUAGGAGAAUCUGUUCCCACUACCCUACACGACGUGUGAACAAACAAACUGAAAAACCGCUUCUCAUCCCCUGUACACACACACACACACACACACACACACACACAGUUUUUUCAGAUGAGGAAAGGGACAGAUUGAACAGCACAGAAGCUCACCUUGCCGCUCGGCCUCUCUGAUUUCAAAACCAGCGAAGACACAAACUGACAGCCCAGCGAGCGAGUGAGCCCGGUCGCUGCCGUGCCAAACACUGUGUUGCCAUGGAAACUGUUUAUGAAGGAGAGCCAGAGAGAGGGUGUGGGUGUUCUUUCCUUUCUAUCUAGCCCGCCACGCUCCGUCAUGGCUCAACGAUUCUAUCAGCGGUUGUCGGUGAGCUGAAGUAGACCUUUUGCUAUACAGCAGCUGAGGUAAACUUCCUAGUCGUCAGGCAGUUUAACCCUGGUCCCAAAUCUGUUUGUGCUGUCUCGACAAUGACAGUAGGUGUUGGCUAUACAGCACAAACAGAUCUGGAAUCAGUCUAACCCUGGGGUGAGAGAGGGCAGCCAUCACUCAACUGUAUGUCAGCCCUGCUGUCACAGUCCCAUUCAUGUCAUUUGGAUCAUACACAGUCAUCUGUGUCACACAGCAAUCACAGUCAUCUGAAUGCUGAGAGACUCCCUGUUGAUCCUUCAAGGUGUGGUGUGUGGAAUGUGGAUCCGAUCCAGGUCUCCCUGGAAAAAGUUUUUAAACCUCAAGGGAUUUCAUCCUGGUUGGAUGUACAGUGGGGAAAAAAAGUAUUUAGUCAGCCACCAAUUGUGCAAGUUCUCCCACUUAAAAAGAUGAGAGAGGCCUGUAAUUUUCAUCAUAGGUACACGUAAACUAUGACAGACAAAAUGAGAAAAAAAAUUCCAGAAAAUCACAUUGUAGGAUUUCUAAUGAAUUGAUUUGCAAAUUAUGGUGGAAAAUAAGUAUUUGGUCAAUAACAAAAGUUUCUCAAUACUUUGUUAUAUACCCUUUGUUGGCAAUGACACAGGUCAAACGUUUUCUGUAAGUCUUCACAAGGUUUUCACACACUGUUGCUGGUAUUUUGGCCCAUUCCUCCAUGCAGAUCUCCUAUAGAGCAGUGAUGUUUUGGGGCUGUCGCUGGGCAACACAGACUUUCAACUCCCUCCAAAGAUUUUCUAUGGGGUUGAGAUCUGGAGACUGGCUAGGCCACUCCAGGACCUUGAAAUGCUUCUUACGAAGCCACUCCUUCGUUGCCCGGGCGAUGUGUUUGGGAUCAUUGUCAUGCUGAAAGACCCAGCCACGUUUCAUCUUCAAUGCCCUUGCUGAUGGAAGGAGGUUUUCACUCAAAAUCUCACGAUACAUGGCCCCAUUCAUUCUUUCCUUUACACGGAUCAGUCGUCCUGGUCCCUUUGCAGAAAAACAGCCCCAAAGCAUGAUGUUUCCACCCCCAUGCUUCACAGUAGGUAUGGUGUUCUUUGGAUGCAACUCAGCAUUCUUUGUCCUCCAAACACGACGAGUUGAGUUUUUACCAAAAAGUUCUAUUUUGGUUUCAUCUGACCAUAUGACAUUCUCCCAAUCCUCUUCUGGAUCAUCCAAAUGCACUCUAGCAAACUUCAGACGGGCCUGGACAUGUACUGGCUUAAGCAGGUGUCACGCCCUGACUCUGAGGACUCUUAUUUGUUGAGUCAGGGUGUGAUUUUCCUUGUUGUGUUUGUUCAUUGUUGUAGAAUCUAGUAUGUCUAGAUCUAUGUUGGCCGGUGUGGUUCUCAAUCAGAGGCAGCUGUCGCUCGUUGUCUCUGAUUGGGGACCAUACUUAGGCAGCCUAUUGGCACUAGUGGGUUGUGGGAUCUUGUUCCGUGUUAAGGUAUGUUGUGUUUGUCUACCUUGGACUUCACGUAUCGUUUGUUUAUUGUUUUGUCAUUGUGUUUAUUCGUUAAUAAACAUGAAUGCAUAUCACGCUGCGCCUUGGUCCUUCUCGUUCGUCAACGAUCGUGACAGCAGGGGGACACGUCUGGCACUGCAGGAUUUGAGUCCCUGGCGGCGUAGUGUGUUACUGAUGGUAGGCUUUGUUACUUUGGUCCCAGCUCUCUGCAGGUCAUUCACUAGGUCCCCCCGUGUGGUUCUGGGAUUUUUGCUCACCGUUCUUGUGAUCAUUUUGACCCCACGGGGUGAGAUCUUGCGUGGAGCCCCAGAUUGAGGGAGAUUAUCAGUGGUCUUGUAUGUCUUCCAUUUCCUAAUAAUUGCUCCCACAGUUGAUUUCUUCAAACCAAGCUGCUUACCUAUUGCAGAUUCAGUCUUCCCAGCCUGGUGCAGGUCUACAAUUUUGUUUCUGGUGUACUUUGACAGCUCUUUGGUCUUGGCCAUAGUGGAGUUUGGAGUGUGACUGUUUGAGGUUGUGGACAGGUGUCUUUUAUACUGAUAACAAGUUUAAACAGGUGCCAUUAAUACAGGUAACGAGUGGAGGACAGAGGAGCCUCUUAAAGAAGAAGUUACAGGUCUGUGAGAGUCAGAAAUCUUGCUUGUUUGUAGGUGACUAAAUACUUAUUUUCCACCAUAAUUUGCAAAUAAAUUCAUUAACAAUCCUACAAUGUGAUUUUCUGGAUUUCUUUUCCUCAAUUUGUCUGUCAUAGUUGACGUGUACCUAUGAUGAAAAUUACAGGCCUCUCUCAUCUUUUUAAGUGGGAUAACUUGCACAAUUGGUGGCUGACUAAAUACUUUUUUCCCCCACUGUAUAUACCUUAUAUGUAUGCCAUCUACUGUAUCUCCAAGUAAGGACAUGGUGUGCUUCAUUGAAAGGUUGGCAGGCAUUGUCUCUCAGUUGCAGCAAAGACAGUCACAGAGAGAAAAAGGCCUUAGAUAAUACUUUAAGGUAGAGAGUAUUAUUUGCCUUAAAGUAGAGAGCAGUAUCGUGGUUAUUAUCUAUCUCCAGCAGAUAAAGUUCACUGCAGGACCACUGGAAGGAAUAUAUAACUCCAAAUCACUUUUCUUUUUUUAAAGGAGGAUGGAGGAUCACUUGAGACAUGACAGAGAGGUUGAGGUCCUGAGUUUAGAUAUUGGAUAUGACUGCUGGAAGCUAGGAGUCGCUACUUCAGCGGUCCGCUCUUUCUCAUCCUCCUCCCAGUCUUGUUUUUCAGUUUUCAUGAAACAAAAACUCACUCCACAUCCAGCUCCUCUCUCUAAAUGUAGCUCCUGCCCUGUGCCAUUCCAUUGCCUUAUGUCCUUACUCUCGGGAUACAAGCGCUCUCUCUCACACUCACACACACACACCCACAUCGACACACACACACACACGCACGCGCACACACACACACACACCCUAUGAGGCCCUGGAGUCAGAGAAGGAUUUGUAGAUGAUCUGCCAGCUAUAGGCAACCUCUGAUUGGCUGAUCCCAGCCCGGAGGCCUCUGACACACACAAUAGUCUGACAGGAUCAAUUUCAUCCGUUCGAUUAGUCCCCAAAAUAACUGUUAUUCUGGAAGGACACUGGGGUCCAUGACAUUUGAUUAAACACAUAUUGCACAUUAAUUCCCUGAGGAACAGGUUCUACACUCUUAGAAAAAAGAGGUGAACCCAUAGGAGAACCCUUUCUGGUUCCAGGUGGGACCCUUUUUGGUUCCAGGUAGAACUCUUUUUGGUUCCAUGUAGAACCUUCUCCUACAUGGAACUCAAAAGGGUUCUACCUGGAACCAAAAAGGUUUCUUCAAAGGGUUCUCCUAUGGGGACAGCCGAAGAACCCUUUUAGGUCCUAGAUAGCAAAAAAAAUUCUAAGAGUGUACUAUUUAAAUAAUAUGCCAUUUAGCAGACGCUUUUAUCCAAAGCGACUUACAGUCAUGCGUGCAUACAUUUUUUGUGUAUGGGUGGUCCCGGGGAUCGAACCCACUACCUUGGCGUUACAAGCGCCGUGCUCUACCAGCUGAGCUACAGAGGACCAUUUACUGAUGGAUAUGCCAGUUGGAGGGUAAAUGACGAAACGCAUUGGUUUGGAACAAUAAUCCGAAUCACUUUAGUCGCCAAGUACGUGUACAAAUACCCAGAAUUUGACUCAGUGAAUAGGUGCUGCCAGCAAUAGACAUUGUACAAACAGAAAACAGACACAUAGUCAACAUACAGAAUAUACUGUAUAAUACACUCUUUAAAAAAAGGUUUAUCUAGAACCUAAAAGGGUUCUUCGGCUGUCCCCAUAGGAGAACCCUUUGAAGAACCCUUUUGGGUUCCAUGUAGAACCCUUUCCACAGAGGGUUCUACAUGGAACCAAAAAGGGCUCUACCUGGAACCAAAAAUAGUUAUCCUAUGGGGACAGCCGAAGAACCCCUUUGGAACCCUUUUUUCAAACAGUGUAUAAAUACAGUAAAUUCUGUUCAUGUACCUUUGUUGGAAAGAACGGUAUUGACAGUAUUUAUUAUUUCUCUAUGCCAGUGCAUUGAACAGUCAAACAGAUGGUGCUCACCACACCUUACCAAUUGAAUUCUGAAGGCAUUGCCUUACUGCAUUUCAAUACAACAAUCAAAUGGCAAUGUGCUGAUAUACUAAUGAAUGUGAACAUUGCUUUUCAUUACUUCUUAAUUUACAGGACAGUGUUUACAUUCAAGUGGUAUAAUAAUGCUUCAAAGACCUUGAAAAUGUGUAUUGCAUACAGUAUUGUCCUCUUUAUUAAGGGUUUAUUAUGAUCAGUCUCCCUACUCUGUUCACACAGGUGGCGUUUCACAUCCAGCCGUACAAGGGACGGACUGACCUCAGCAUGCAUGAUAACAUCAAAUACAUCAUUGACAAGUAGGUUGACCUUCCACUGUCCUAUACAUCAACAUGUCCUCUUAUCUCUCUUUCUUUCUUCUCUCUCUCAAACUACAUCAUUGACAAUUCACAUAUCUCUCCAAUCCUCUUCUCUCUAGAUCAUUUAUUUUUUACAUUUUUUGUCAUUUUGCAGAUGCUCUUAUCCAGAGCGACUUACAGUAGUGAGUGCAUACAUAUGUAUACUUUUCUUUCAUACUGGUCCCCCGUGGGAAUUGGGUUGUGAGUACCCACAACCCUGCAAGUGCCAUGCUCUAACAACUGAGCAACACAUUGACAAGUAGGUUGGACUUCCGACUGUUCUGUACAUCCACUUCCUCUAGCCAGCCACUCCACUUCUCCUCUAAUCUCUUCUCCUUUCCUCUCUCCACUCCCCUCCCUCUAUCUCCACUCUCACUCCCCACUUCUCUCUUCCUUUCUCUCUCUCUGCCUCACUCUCGCUCUCAAACUCGCACUCGCACUCAUACAGAUUAAGAUUUUCUUAUCACUUACUUUAAGCCAAAGGUCAGAGCUCUGCUUUCCAUGUCAAUGUCCAGUGACUGGAGGUCUAGGGAUCUGGAGAAAUCGGAGCCUUCUUCAGGUCUGAAGGAGGUAGAGAGAAUGAAACCGCAAGUAGUGGUGAAAGUGAUUGUAUCACUUUCACUUUCACUUUUAGAGUAUUACUCUGAGGGCUUGAGACAAUUGAUAGUGCCACUAAAAGAUUAGUACCUGUGGGAAAAUUUAUAAAAAGAGUUGGAAGAGACCAGUAGUAGCCUGCAUGUCCCAGAUCUGUUUGUGCAGUCUUGUCAACUCCUAUGGUCAUUAUCUGUUUGUGCAGUCUUGUCAACUCCUAUGGUCAUUGUCAUGCCAAACAUAUUUAGAACAACGACUAUACAUACAGUGGGGAAAAAAUGUAUUUAGUCAGCCACCAAUUGUGCAAGUUCUCCCACUUAAAAAGAUGAGAGAGGCCUGUAAUUUUCAUCAUAGGUACACGUCAACUAUGACCGACAAAAUGAGAAAAAUAAUUCCAAAAAAUCACAUUGUAGGAUUUUUUAUGAAUUUAUUUGCAAAUUAUGGUGGAAAAUUAGUAUUUGGUCAAUAACAAAAGUUUCUCAUUACUUUGUUAUAUACCCUUUGUUAGCAAUGACACAGGACAAACGUUUUCUGUAAGUCUUCACAAGGUUUUCACACACUGUUGCUGGUAUUUUGGCCCAUUCCUCCAUGCAGAUCUCCUCUAGAGCAGUGAUGUUUUGGGGCUGUCGCUGGGCAACACAGACUUUCAACUCCCUCCAAAGAUUUUCUAUGGGGUUGAGAUCUGGAGACUGGCUAGGCCACUCCAGGACCUUGAAAUGCUUCUUACGAAGCCACUCCUUUGUUGCCCGGGCGGUGUGUUUGGGAUCAUUGUCAUGCUGAAAGACCCAGCCACGUUUCAUCUUAAAUGCCCUUGCUGAUGGAAGGAGGUUUUCACUCAAAAUCUCACGAUACAUGGCCCCAUUCAUUCUUUCCUUUACACGGAUCAGUCGUCCUGGUCCCUAUGCAGAAAAACAGCCCCAAAGCAUGAUGUUUCCACCCCCAUGCUUCACAGUAUGUAUGGUGUUCUUUGGAUGCAACUCAGCAUUCUUUGUCCUCCAAACACGACGAGUUGAGUUUUUACCAAAAAGUUAUAUUUUGGUUUCAUCUGACCAUAUGACAUUCUCCCAAUUCUCUUCUGGAUCAUCCAAAUGCACUCUUACAAACUUCAGACGGGCCUGGACAUGUACUGGCUUAAGCAGGGGGACACGUCUGGCACUGCAGGAUUUGAGUCCCUGGUGGCGUGGUGUGUUACUGAUGGUAGGCUUUGUUACUUUGGUCCCAGCUCUCUGCAGGUCAUUCACUAGGUCCCCCCGUGUGGUUCUGGGAUUUUUGCUCACCGCUCUUGUGAUCAUUUUGACCCCACGGGGUGAGAUCUUGCGUGGAGCCCCAGAUCGAGGGAGAUUAUCAGUGGUCUUGUAUGUCUUCCAUUUCCUAAUAAUUGCUCCCACAGUUGAUUUCUUCAAACAAAGCUGCUUACCUAUUGCAGAUUCAGUCUUCCCAGCCUGGUGCAGGUCUACAAUUUUGUUUCUGGUGUCCUUUGACAGCUCUUUGGUCUUGGCCAUAGUGGAGUUUGGAGUGUGACUGUUUGAGGUUGUGGACAGGUGUCUUUUAUACUGAUAACAAGUUCAAACAGGUGCCAUUAAUACAGGUAAUGAGUGGAGGACAGAGGAGCCUCUUAAAGAAGAAGUUACAGGUCUGUGAGAGCCAGAAAUCUUGCUUGUUUGUAGGUGACCAAAUACUUAUUUUCCACCAUAAUUUGCAAAUAAAUUCAUUAUAAAUCCUACAAUGUGAUUUCCUGGAUUUUCUUUUCUCAAUUUGUCUGUCAUAGUUGACGUGUACCUAUGAUGAAAAUGACAGGCCUCUCUCAUCUUUUUAAGUGGGAGAACUUGCACAAUUGGUGGCUGACUAAAUACUUUUUUCCCCCACUGUAUAUGUAGGAUCUUCAUUUGAGCCAGUUUGCUACAGCAGGAAAAUAAUCCUGCAGCAACAGGAAUGUGAAUUAUUAUGUGGAUUAAAAUUAAUGGACAUUAUUGUUGGGGUUGAUACACUUUUCGUAAGGGAAAAUCAAGUCUGAAAUUUCAAAGUGGAAAUUACAAACUUCAGAAGCCUUUUUAACCCUCAAAUAUACUACAAGUUUAAUAUUUCCUGCAUUGCAGGAAAGUUCUCCUGCUGCAGGGUGAUCAAAUUAAGAUCUUACAUCUGUAGGAGUCGGUUACAGUGCACCAACAGAUCGGGACCAGGCUAGACCAGUAGAGGACAGAAAUAUGAAUAUGUGAUGUUUUAUAUAAUGAGGCAUGAUAGUGAUCAACAUUGUCCCAACUUUGAGACACCCUCUGUGGUAGGGCGGUAGGGUUAUCGUAGUCAAGCUAACUGAACAGUGAUGAUCGUGAUUGAGGACAACCCUAGUGUACCUUGACUUGUAUUUAUUAUGUUUCCAGGGCGAGAUGUUUCUGCCAACUUCUGCACAAGCAACUGUGCUAGCCAUCUGCCUGAAAAUAAACCAGAGAGAGAAUGAGAGUGGGAGAUAGAGAGAGGGGGUACAUUUAUAAAUGCUGAUCUCUCCAUCUCCAUUCACACAUUCCAAACGUGCUCUUGAAAAUAAUAGCACCAUUUUCUGUAGACAUCUGGCACUUCACUCAAUUGAGAACCAUUGUGUUGGCAGAACCUCCUGCUUUGUAACAAGUGUAAAAAUAAAAUUUAAAAAACACUUUUAUAUAAUAAUCUCUGACUGUAAAAUCGAAUCACCCAGGUGGGUGAUACACAUUGGGAGUGGAAGAUUGGCUACCUAUGGAGUCAUUAUAUGUUUUUCUUCUUGCUUGUUCACUUCUCUAUAAAAAAAAAAAGCGUGAUUUGUAUGUAUACUGCAAUUCAGCUUCUAGCUGCAUAUGUAAACAUGAACUAAAGUAAACAAAAUCUUUACCUCAGGUACGGGAACCAUGGCGCCUUCUACCGCUUCAGGUCGACCAAGGGGCGGAUCCUUCCUCUGUUCUACAUCUACGACUCCUACCUGACCCCACCUGAGGCCUGGGCCGAACUGCUCCACCCCACCGGCGCCCACACCCUCCGUGGCACGCCCUACGACGGCAUCUUCCUUGCCCUGGUCGUAGAAGAACGCCACAAACACGAGAUCCUGGCCGGUGGCUUCGACGGCAUGUAUACAUACUUCGCCUCCAACGGCUUCUCCUUCGGCUCUUCUCACCAGAACUGGAAGGCGGUCAAGGACUUCUGUGACGGGAACAACCUGCUGUUUGUGCCCAGCGCUGGGCCGGGAUACGUCGACACCGCAGUGAGGCCGUGGAACAACCACAACACGAGGAACAGGGUCAACGGACGCUAUUACGAGACCAGCCUGCAGGCUGCGCUAUCGGUGCGGCCGGAGAUCGUGACCAUCACGUCGUUCAAUGAGUGGCAUGAGGGGACACAGAUUGAGAAGGCGGUGCCCAGGAAGACGGUGACGCGACUGUAUCUGGACUACCAGCCCCACCGGUCAGAUCUAUACCUGGAACUCACCAGGAAGUGGGCCGAACACUUCAACAAGGAGAAAGACAAGUGGCUCAUGUAGAGGACAGGACUCCUGAUUGGACUGAGUCUAUGGGAAUAAUACCUUUUGGGUGUGACUAGAGCAAGUAAAACUGAGGAGCUUUUCCCACUACUGAGCUGAGCCGAACCGAGCCAAACCAAACUGUACU